CUCCUCAAGACACCGCUCUGUGCGCUGGGUCGGGUGUCUUACCCGCGAGUCUGCUGCAUCGCUAGCUCUUGUACAAAGGAGGUAGAGUGGCGCCGGUACGGACUUUCUCUUCGGUACUGUCUGAGUUUUUCCAGUUUCUGGAGAUCUCUGCUUGAACUUGUCUGAUUGGAUCCAGCAGAGCCGUCUGCGGAUCACAUAAGCUGUGAACGGAACAAGGAUUUCCCUCAUCUUGCACAAGCUUCUACUCGGCUUGAACUUGGCUGGCAGGCUUCGCGAGUAGACCGUGUCGAGUCACUCCGAAUUUGUGUUCGUAGCGGCAGCCCACACCGCCACAAAGGUGUGCUUCCUUACCGCGAAAUUUGUCGGUUUCGGCUUUUUUCUGGUUGCACCGUUUUAGCGCGGACAUCACUCGGGCAUUGAUCGUGCUUAGAAACCGCAAGUCGCACAAACGGGUCUGAGAAGGCGGUUCGAUGCCUGAGUCACUAAUGUGAAUGUUGCAGUGGCUACCAACGCCAUUUCUCCGAUGAAACUUUCCCUUCGUCCGGUGAACCCGACGGGGAACUGCUCCGACUCUUCGAAGGAACUCUCUAGUCUUGUGUGUGAUCUUUUGUGGUUUUUUUCGUCGUUUCUCGGGAUCUCCAGGACCGGAAGCGUCGCCCUCCACCUCAAAGUCCAUCGUUUCUUCGUUUCUUGUUUCGCUCUCGAUUUGUUUCUAGUGGGAGCGACCGCCGUUCCUAUUACCCUUCUGCACUCGAAGGGUUUUUGCGUUCUUGCUCCCGCCGUCUUUCCUGAAAGAUUUCAAAACCUCUGCUUUUCCUCGGAGCAGCCCACUCCCGUAUUUGGAGGGUAUUAGCGUUCGUGUUUCUGCAUCUCCUGGACGCAGUCUUCAAACCCCCAUGUCCCUCUCUCUCUUCGUUCACUGAUCCCCAGCAUGAGCCUCGACGAACCCUGUUGUCCGCCGCCAAGUCGUCACCACAGACGGCACCGCGAGCAGAACUUGAAAGACGCCUGUGCGGGUCUGGGGAGCAACAGUGACACGACCACCCCACAGAGUGAAACGUUUCCCGUGGUAGCUAGCGGAGAUGGUCUUGCGGUUUCUUCCGAGGGAAGAGAAGGUUCCUCAACACCCUCACUCAUGGUGCUGACACCGAGUGGACAGCUGCACCACGCCGCGGGGAACCCCGGGCUCUUUGCUACAACUCCGAACGUGGCAGUGGUCUCCCAACCUAGCGGAGGCUGCGCCAGCGUGGGUAUCCAGAACCAAGUCGCGCCUCUUUCGCAUGUCUUUUCUUCUGGGGCAACUCCUUCCCAGGUGGUUUUACAACAAGCCUCGCCCCCCCAGCACUUUGUCGUUCGACACACCCCCCCUCAGGCCGCUGCCUUCCCGUCCACACCCGUCCAGCACCUUUCUGUCAACGCAACAGGCUUUUAUCAAGGAGGUUCCCAGAAUGGGGGAGUGACUCAGGCACAGUCGAUGCCCCUGCAGGCAGGGAUGCGUCUCACUCCGGCAAACAGCCAAGCCUCCGUGCAGCAGGCACCUUGUGGGCAGGUACACUUCGUGCUUCAGCCCCAGAUUCAGCAGAUGCCUUUCCAUGUCCAGGCGUCACCCAUGACACCCCCCGCCUGGAGUCCACAGAUGCCUUCUGCUCCGUUGUUCACUCCGUGUCUUCGCUGUGGAGGUGUCGAGCAAACCCAACCUCCACCCCCGACUACUCUGUGCUGCCAACCUUCGCCUUCAGAGCCUCAAAUGUUCAUUUUUCAGUCCCCCACAGGUGCCGGCUCUCCGGGAGUCUCAGCUGUGUACGGAUCUGCCAGCCCUUGCAGCGCGGCGCCAAGCUGUGCGAUUCCUCAAACUCAAACGGGAAUCAUACCGACUGUACAACCACAAACUUUUGGAACUGUUCUUCAUGGUCAACCCGUUUCUUGUUGCUAUCCCGCUGGCACUUCAGCCGCAACAAUGAAUGUGGCAGGUCCUAAAGUGGCAUUGCACGGGACUCCUGGAAUGGUGGUACCUUCUGGCGGACAGGCAAGUGUACAGACUGUGUUGCCGCAAAGCGUGGUGGUGGGCAUGUCUGGGAUGGGAACUACACUUGUCGAAGGAACUACAGGACAGCCCCUAGUGGUUUACCAAGCAGGUACUGUUUUGAGGGAUGCCUCUGCGGUCGGCUAUCCUGCAGUCAUGAAUCUGGUGCCGCCUUCUAUUGCAGCUCUUCAGGCUGGACACGUUUUCAGCCGAGGUGGAAAGAAGGGAGCAGACGGUCAGGAUGGGAGAAAAGAUCGACAACAAACGGGGUCGCUGUGGUGCGGAUCAUGUGCCCGAUGAAAUUUGUGCACGCGACUGCAUGUGAAGAGUUUAGCAGUCGCGAGGAAACAUUAAGAAAACAUGUCGUUAAACCGGCAGGAUGCUUGAUUUGUUGAGAACCAAUGCGUCCACAGAAAAGAGGGGUAAUGACAGACAGAGACAACGAGAGAGAAAAGAGUUUUUCCAAAGCUGUCAAGGUUGGGGUUGAGAGACUUGGAUGUCUUACCGGCUCUCAGUGGUUUUCGGGUGUGGAGAAUCUCUGCGAGUGACGACGGGAGCCCUCAAGACACAACGGGGUUUUUGGAAGGUUUCCGGGCUAACCAAGGGAGUUUUGUCCGAGAUUGGAAAGUUAUGCACCCGCCUCCACAGGCAUACAGAAACGUGCAUUGAGCGUGGGACGUAGAACUCCACUUUCGAAAGGGAUUUUGCACACUCGCUACCGGAAAAACUUAUCCUACAAAAGCCAGCAGAUACGCUAAAAGAUUGUAAUUCUAGAGAACAUAAUUAAGGUGAACAAGUGAUGACAUCUUGGGGAAGCGUGUUCCAGAAAUAUGCCACGCUACGCGUAAGUAUCUUGGUCCUUACUGCCUGUCUACCGACAGAACCCCAAGUUUCCGUUGCUUCUUUCGACGGGAAAUUCCACUUGCUUGGUGUUGUCAAAGUGGUAAACAAAAUUGCACCCUUGCGUAUCGUGGACCGUACAUGCAGCUUACACAGAGAGGUGGGAGGUUCCCCUCUUUACCUGAAAGGUUUCUAGCGAAUUUUGUCGAGAAAACAGACUCCGCUGUUUUCGACUAGUGUCUUUCAUUGUCGAGACACUGCAGGAAAUACAGCGAAAAGGAACGAAUGGUUUUUGGCGGCGAUGUGUAGGAACCUUCCUGGUCAUUGUCUGCGAAAUUGCUCGUUGCACGCCGCCCAAAACUUUCUGUGAUUUUUUUGUUCACUCAAAAGUUGCGACCUCUGUAAGCGGCCUCUUUCUAGGAACCGGCAGGUUGAAAAACUUGAAUGGAUUUGUUCACAUCAAUAAGAAGA